CCAUAUCGGCCAGAAGUCCAAGCUUUGGGUGGCAUACCAACAAAGGCCGUCGACAUACCAGUAUGCUCUGUCUUUAUGGUCCUGUACAUCAUUGCUGGUGCCUUGCACAUGGCAACCUUCCAGAAAAACAAGAAGAAGGGAAAGAAGUUCAUCUUUGGUGGAAUGAUGUUUGGUCUCUGUAAGAUCCGCAUCGUAACACUGAGUCUUCGAAUGGCAUGGGCAUGCUACCCGCAAAGUAUUCGAUUGGGCAUUGCAGCACAGGUCUUUGUCAACAUUGGUGUCGUCUUGCUGUACUUUGUCAACCUCUUCUUCACACAGCGCAUCGUCAGAGCUCAACAUCCCAACUUUGGCUGGAGCAAAUUCUUCUCACCACUAAUCCCUAUUGUUUGCGUCAUCACUGUCUUGACGAUCAUCGCUCUGAUCGUUGGUGUUAUUCAAUCUUUCUACACCUUGGACACCAACAUUCAUCGGAUUGACCGGAUCAUUGAGCUUUAUGGAUCAACAGCGUUCUCUGCCAUCGCCUUCCUUCCCAUUGUCAUUGUCUCUCUAUCGACACUUGCACGACUAAUUCCCAGCAUACGCGGACAAAAGGCAAUAGACAAGUUUGGAGAAGGUAAAAUGAGCACGAAGAUCAUCAUUGUACUGGCCGCUGCGGUGCUUCUAACGCUUGCCGCUUCCAUCAAGGCUGGCACUGGAUACUUGCCACCCAUUCCUCUCGUCAGCAACAGCAACCCACCGGUAGCCGAACCCACACCUUGGUACUUCAACCGCGGUAUCUUCUACGCCUUUGGUUUUGGUGUUGAGAUCAUCAUCUUGUUCUUCUUCAUGGCUGUGAGGGUAGACAAGCGCUUCAUCAUCCCAGAUGGCGCAAAAGGACCCUACAGCUAC